GAAUUGCUUUAGUUGUCAAAAUAUGAUUAGAAAAAAACACAAGUACAUAGUCUCUAUUUAGUUACUGGUAAUUUUUCUAGCACAAAAUUCGAACACAAACACCCCCGAAUACAUUCGAAAUUAUUGUGUUUACACCGCGGUUAACCGCGCCAGGUUGAUACCGCUCUACCCGGGAAACAGGCCUAGUAAUCGACAUCAAAAACUGCACAACCAACUAAAACUUCAACUCCAUAGCCAAGCCGGAAAAGGGAAGAAUUUGUGUCCCCCUGGGCUGUUGAUGGGUGGCGCGAAUAUUUACUAAAAUUCUAAUUUUUAAAAUGGACAGGAAGGACACACAUCAUCAUCGCCAUCAGCAGACGUCUACCAAAUCGCUUUACGCCAUCCAAAUGGGGGUCCAGGAAAAAUCGGCUAACAAUAUGGGUGGCUCUCUUGUGAAUGCAGUAUCCUCAACUAAUUAUCACCCAAAUCGGUAUUAUAACGAAAGGCAAGGUUUCAUGGCUUCUGGAAUUCAGCCCGCUGUCCCUGGGAUUCAGCAUCAUUAUCUGCAACAACAGGUCCUAACUCAACAGGUGCCCAAUCCCAAUGUCGAUCUCAAUGAAAAGCUGGCCAAGAUCAGUCGUCAUAAUGCCCACAAAGAACUGGCUGCCAUGCAGGCGAGAAAUAUGCAAGCCAUCGAUAAAAACGCAGAGGCCUUGAAGGAUUUGCAGGAGAGCAUUCCGGAAAUACAUAAAAUCUUCGAUGUACACUGCCGCAUCGGAAGUGGAACCUUCAGCACAGUUCUGCUGGGAACUCUGCAGCGCGAACGAUGUCUCGUGGAAACCCAGAGGAGGCGCUUUGCCAUCAAACAUCAUAAUCCCACAAGUCAUCCGGAGAGAAUACUCAGGGAAUUGGAGUGCAUGUUUCGCAUCGGCGGAGUGGACAAUGUGAUUGGAAUUAAUUGCUGCAUAAGGUACAAUGAGAAUGUGGCCUUUGUGAUGCCCUAUAUGACCCAUGACCGAUUUCACGACAUCUACAGGAGUCUGAGUUUCCAAGAGGUCCGAGACUAUCUGAGGAACCUGCUCAUCGCCCUGCGGCAUGUGCAUAAAUUCAAUGUGAUUCACCGGGAUGUUAAGCCGAGUAACAUUCUAUAUAACCGCCGAACUGGCAAGUUUUUGCUUUGCGAUUUCGGUUUGGCUCAAAGGAUCGCCGAUGAUGGCAGUCUUAUACAGUCAAGUGACCUAAGUUCCAGGGAGGCUUUCAGUUUUUUGAGGGAUAUGGAAAGCGGCAGAAGCCUUAUGCUGACCGAUGGUAAUUCUGCUCAAGCCGAGGCCGAGGAUUACAUGGCCAGCCGAAGGAUGCGUGCCUUGGGCGGCGGCGGUGGUGUUGACCAUGCCCUGCCAGGACCUCCAACUAUGCAGAAACUGCGGGAACAGACUGGUGGCCAUUUGAGCAAGAAGGAUGUGGCCAAUCAAAAGGCUGACACCAUGAGGUUGCUGAAUCGCCUGCGUCUCAUGAGCCCAAAUGCGGAUCCCAAUAACUACGUGGUCUCCACGAACACCUCGAAGAAGGAUAUGCACGCCUCGCGGGCCGGAACACCAGGAUAUAGGCCACCAGAGGUGCUACUCCGGUAUCCCCAGCAAUCCACUGCGGUGGAUAUUUGGGCUGCUGGCGUUAUAAUGCUCUCGCUGCUCUCGGCUCUGCAUCCGUUUUUUAAGGCCCCGCACGAUUGCGGGGCUCUGGCGGAAAUAAUCAAUUUAUUUGGCGAUAUGCCAGUACGGAAAACUGCCUUCAUGCUGGAUAGAUUGAUUUUGCUGGCCCAAAAGGUAAACACAUUGGAUUUGAGGCGGGUGUGCAUGAGAUUUCGGCAUGCGGAUUUUUUCCUGGCCCCCGAAGUACAUCGGAGAUAUAGGAGGCCAGAUGGCAGCACUGAAAUGUGUCGAAGUUGCGAGCAGCCCACUUUUAACUGCCUUUGCAGCAACAGUGGGCAUCAUUUGGAGCGGUACGAGGGGCUAGAUAUAUUUCCGGCCAACGCUUACGACUUGUUGUCCCGUCUCCUGGAAGUUAAUCCCCAGAAGCGUAUUACCGCCGAGGAGGCCUUGAAGCAUCCGUUUUUCAACGAUCAACAUCGGAUUGCACCAGGCGUGCCCCUCCAUCACCAGCAGCAUAUACUGCAGCAUCAGCAGCAACUGAGAUCCAGGGAAACGCUGCCAUCAGCUGCAGCCCGAACCCUCAAGGCAUUCGUUUCCUAUCCCAUGGAACUGGCUUCCACAGCCUCUCAGGCAGCGGGUAAUAUCUGAUUUCAGGCCUCCGAUACUUUUUGUAUAUACAUAUUACUUGGCCUCCUUGCGUUUCGAAUUGAGUCCUGGGCAGCAGAAGAGAAGGAGGAAACCCUCAUCAGCUAGUUGUGGGCAACAAAAAUUGUAUUGUGCACAAACCAAAACCAAAAAAAAAAAUUACUAAUAUGGGCGAUGGGAAUUGUUCACGAAAUUUAAAUCGAAAAUAUAUAGUAUAUUCGUUUUUGUUGAUUUCAAAUUAA